UUUGCCUACAAGAAGAGAAAAGUCUGGCUGGUUGUCACUUUUGCUUUUUCCUGAAAUUAUCUGAAUUACCUGAUAAAAUCCUGUGAAGCACUUUUUCUACAACAAGGAUUAGCCAUGUCCUCUUCAGUCCUCCAGUGGGUCUGGCUACAUCACUGUGUCUUCGCCACCCUCAUGGUGUUGUGUGUUCUGGGUGUCUUCAUCAUGUACUACAAACCUGACAUCAGCAUCCCCACUUUUAACAUCCACAUGAACAUAAAUCAGGUGCAGAAGAUCCAGGCUGCAGAAGGGGAUGCAGAGCCUGACACCAUCAUUUUGAUCUGGAUGUGGCCGUUUGGCUUCAAGUUUGAUCUGAGCUGCAGAGUGUUCGGUAUCACAGGAUGUCACUUGACAGAUGACAAGAGUCUGUACAGAAAGGCCCAUGGUGUGCUCUUCCAUCACAGGGACAUCCAUGGAGAUCUGGGCAACAUGCCAAAGGAGCCACGACCCUGGUUUCAGAAAUGGGUGUGGUCAAACGCCGAGUCGCCUGCAAACUCAGGUCGAAUACCUGGGCUCGAUCACUUGUUCAACUUGACAUGCAAUUAUCGCCGCGAUGCAGAUAUCCCAGUGCCUUAUGGGUACUUGGCUCCAGUGACAGACAGGGAUCAGAGUUUCAAACUGCCAGCCAAGGACAAACUGGUCUGCUGGAUUGUGAGCAACUGGAACCCAAAUUUUAAGAGAGUUCAGUUCUACAAUGAGCUGAAAAAUCACAUCAACAUAGACGUUUAUGGGAAAUCCUUUGGUCAACAUGUAAAUAACCAAGAUUUUCCAAAAAUAAUAUCUAGUUGCAAGUUCUACUUAUCCUUUGAAAACUCUAUCCACACAGACUACAUCACAGAGAAGUUGUACAAUCCCCUGAUGAUGGAGACUGUGCCAGUAGUCCUGGGCCCUACAAGACAAAAUUAUGAGAAUUAUGUCCCAGGAGAUUCUUUCAUCCAUGUGGAUGACUUUGCCAGUCCAAAGGAGCUGGCAGAGAGGCUGCUGUACCUCGACCAGCAUCCUGCUGAGUACAGCAGAUACUUUAACUGGAGAGAACAUUUUAUGGUCAAAAGAACAACACUGGGUAUCUAUCAUGCUUGUAGAUCAUGUGAGUACUUACAAAAACACAGAAGCUACCAAGCAUUUCAUGAUCUCAGCAAAUGGUACUGGGGCUAACUUCCUGUUAUACAAAACACAUCAGCAAAUGGGGAACAAAUUUUGGGAACAAAGGUUUAGAACUGAAGAGUUCAUUUGCAAAAACAGAU